ACGGCAGAAGAAGAAAAAAGUGAACAUAGCACUCGUUUUAUUUUUUUCACAGGUGCCCAAGGUGCCAAGCCUUACAAAGCACCAGAUGUCCUAAUGAUUCCAAAAAAAUCCAGGCCAACGCCCCAUUGUACAGAUGAGCAAACUGAGGCUGGGAGGCAACCAGUCGUGGGCUUUGUGGCUUCGGGCAAGCCCCGCCCCCUUUCCGGACCUCAGCCGUAAAAAGAGAGGGUGGAGCUAGAUGAGAGAGGCGGCCCCUACAGUCGCGUUUUGGGAAGAGAAGGGGAGCCAGAGGGUUGAUCUCGACGAUCUUUGCUAAUCAGGGGAGGAGGGUGAGGGGGUAAGGGCCCCCCGCUCCCGCAGAUAAGAGCGCAGUGACGUCAGGACGCUGACGCUCCAGCAGAAAGGGCCUCCCCUUCCCACCUCCCCACCGCCUCCCGACUCGUGUCGGUGAUUGGCACGUAACGGGGCGGGGCCUAUGGUUACGCCCCCGGCCGGCGGCUCCAAAAGGAGGCUAGUCACGUGACGGCUCCGCGGCCGUGGCAGUUGCUGUCAGCUGAUCCCUUGGGCUCGGAGGUGUGGCAGCGGCGACCAUGGAUUUUCUCCUAGGGAACCCGUUCAGCUCUCCUGUGGGACAGCGCAUCGAGCGAGCCACCGAUGGAUCCCUGCAGAGCGAGGACUGGUCCCUCAACAUGGAGAUCUGUGACAUCAUCAACGAGACAGAGGAGGGCCCCAAAGAUGCCCUACGUGCCCUGAAGAAGAGGAUCGUGGGAAAUAAAAACUUCCACGAGGUGAUGCUGGCGCUCACGGUCCUGGAAACCUGCGUUAAAAACUGUGGCCACCGCUUCCACGUCCUGGUGGCCGGCCAGGACUUCGUGGAAGGGGUCCUGGUGAGGACCAUCUUGCCAAAGAACAACCCCCCCACCACCGUCAGCGACAAGGUGCUGAUGCUCAUCCAGUCCUGGGCAGACGCCUUCCGAAGCUCACCCGACCUGACGGGAGUCGUGGCUGUCUAUGAAGAUCUCCGGAGGAAGGGCCUGGAGUUUCCCAUGACGGACCUGGACAUGCUGUCCCCCAUCCACACACCCCAGAGGUCCGUGUACGGCUCCGAGUCCCCACCAGGACAGAAUUCAUCAGUUCCGCAGUCUGCCCAGCGCACAAACUCCCAACAGCAAGCCGCGCCCCUGCCGAACGUGCCGUCCGCCCCCGACGACGUGCCUGUGACGCCAACGCCGGAGCAGAUUGGGAAACUCCGCAGUGAGCUGGAGGUGGUGAAUGGGAAUGUGAAGGUGAUGUCGGAGAUGCUAACCGAGCUGGUCCCCGGGCAGGCCGAACCCUCGGACCUGGAGCUGCUUCAGGAGCUGAACCGGACGUGCCGAGCCAUGCAGCAGCGAGUCCUCGAGCUCAUCCCCCGGGUCCUCAACGAGCAGCUGACCGAGGAGCUCCUGCUCGUCAACGACAACCUCAACAACGUCUUCCUGCGUCACGAACGGUUUGAGCGGUUCCGAACGGGCCAGCACAACAAGGUUCCAAGCGAGGCGGAGCCAGCGGCCAACCUGAUCGACCUGGGCGCCGGUUCUGCCCCCGCGGGGCACCCGCCCGGAGCCCCCAGCGCCCUCUCCUCCCAGCUCGCCGGCAUGAACCUGGGCGCCGGCAGCGUCAGCGCCGCCCUGCAGUCCCUGGACACCGCGGGAAAGCUGGAAGACGAGUUUGACAUGUUUGCCCUGACCCGGGGGAGCUCGCUGGCGGACCAGCGCAAGGAAGUCAAGUAUGAAGCCCCCCAGGCCAAGGACGGGCUGGCAGGAGCCCUGGAUGCCCGGCAGCAGAGCACCGGCGCGAUGGAAGGCGGCGGAGCGGAGGCCCUCAGCACCUGGAUGGCGAGCCAGGGAAUGAUCCCGGUCACUCAGGCCUCCCUCAUGGAGGACAUCGAGCAGUGGCUUUCCACCGACGUGGGAAACGAAGGAGAGGAUUCCAAAGGCGUCACCAGCGAAGGUAAAUUUGACAAGUUCCUGGAAGAACGGGCCAAGGCUGCCGAGAGGCUCCCCACGCUCCCCAGCCCCCCGGAGGGGGCACCCGGCUCCGCCGCCCAGAAGAAGAAGGACCAAGACAGCGACUCCCUCUUUGCCUUGUGAGCCGCGGGUCCGAGGGCACCGGAGGCCCCUCUCCUUUGGCCUGCUGGGCCGGACGGGGAGGACCCCGGGGCCUGCGUUUCGGCUGCUUUGGGGCGGCGCGUUAGCUUCUAUCCCAGGGGUCGCUUGGGCCGGGCGGGGCCUCUGCAGAGAGGACGUCGUCCGCGUGGAGGGGCCGCGCGCCCGGGGCCGCCUCCUCCUCCCGCCCACUCCGAGCGCCGCCUCUGCCGCUGCUCCCCCAGUCUCCGCCUCUAGGCUGACCACCUCCUCUCUCAGGGCAACUCGUCCAUGUACCUCUCUCCAGGGCGGCCUCUGCCCCCGCCCUUAGUUUGAGUUCUCGAUCCUCUGAGGACCCCCCCCCCCAAGCUCCCCCGUCCGGUUUGUGACCCUUCCCCGACAUCCGGCCCUUGGACAAUCAGCCCCCCCUUUCCGCCGGCCCCCCAGGAUGCUGCACACGGUCCCCAUCCGUCCCUUCCCAGGCCGGCCCCGGGCCUCCCACCCACAGAAUGAGGGGCCCACGUGGGCCCUUUCUCGCUGCACAAAGUUCAGGUACCAGAGGACGGUGAGAGCGGAGGCUCCGCCAGCACUGGGGACCCCCACAAAGCAAGCGCACUUUCAGGGGGAGCCUGGGCUCCCCCCGGCCCCCCGGGCCAGGUCUGUGCCUUAGAGCUCCCCACUCAUGUCCCCCCUCCCGCCCACCCGCAUCCCCUCCUCCCGGGGAGUAAGAGUUAGUACCAGGGGGAGGCCCGACAGCCGGGCAGCCUCUUCAGCAACUGAGAACCCGCACAGGGGUCCGUGCAAUGGGAGAUUGGCCUUUUGUAUAUCACACAUUAAAGAUGGAAAAGCAA